UGCCGCUCGGUAAUAUCAUGAACAUGACCUCAUUUAAAGACAUGUGAUUUGUCCGCCCUAGUGACGGGGGUUUCCCCUCAUAAGCGAUUCUUCCACCGGCGACCAUGUGACUUGUAGCGUCAUGGUGGAUGAAGUCACGUCCAAUGCGGAAGUAAAUGCUAACUGAGCAAGUGGCCAACCAUUCUAAUAGAAACCGACUCUUUCCCAGCGUCUGAAGAGGAACUUACAUUGCUCCAUCAUGCUUGGUGGAGGGUUUAAAUCCGAAAGACUUCGUGUCAAUCUCAGGCUGGUCAUAAACCGCCUCCUUGUUCGUUCAGUAGAGAUCACUGAAUUAGCCCAGAAGGCUCGCAAGGAGAUCGCAGACUACUUGUCAGCAGGCAAAGAUGAGCGUGCAAGAAUCAGAGUCGAGCACAUCAUCAGGGAGGAUUAUUUGGUGGAGGCUAUGGAGAUCCUGGAGUUAUAUUGUGAUUUGCUGCUCACCCGCUUUGGCUUAAUACAGUCCAUGAAAGAACUGGACCCUGGCCUACAAGAAGCAGUAUCCACACUCAUCUGGGCUGCUCCUCGACUGCAAUCAGAAGUGGCAGAACUGAAGAUUGUUUCAGAUCAGCUGUGUGCCAAAUACAGCAAAGAGUAUGGAAAGCUAUGUAGGACAAACCAGAUUGGAACAGUUAAUGAUAGGCUUAUGCACAAACUGAGCGUGGAGGCCCCUCCCAAGAUUUUGGUGGAGCGUUACCUCAUUGAAAUCGCCAAAAACUACAAUGUUCCCUAUGAACCUGAUGCCAUGGUUCGGCCAGAGGUAUAUCCAGGUGAAGAGGCAGAUCUGAUCGAUGUGGACAGUGACUUCAAGAAGCCAGGAGCUGGCGGAGGGGGUGGAGGAGGGUUCACUGCUCCCGCUGUAGGCAUGCCUAUGCCCAUGCCAAUGCCCAUGCCCACAGCUUUCAACUACCCAUUGCCCAAAGGAGCUGAGCCCUUUAAUGGUCCUGUUGGAACCUAUGAUGGCUUUAGCAACUUCCAGCCUCCAGUGAGAGGAGGGCAGCCCCCACAGCUUCCCAGCUGCCCUCCCACCUAUGAAUCUAUCGAUGAGUUAUCUGUCAAACCCUCUAAUCCUUCCCAGGUCAUCCCAGGCCCAGCCACAUCUGCACAGAUCUAUGACAACUCUACCCUUCCUGAACUUCCAUCUGUUCCCGACACACUCCCAGCCUCCUCCUUCGGAGCGAACGCCAACACAUCUGACGACAUUGACUUUGACGACCUGUCACGACGCUUUGAAGAACUCAAGAAGAAGACCUAAUUACAGAGAGCACACUGUCCAUAUUCACAUACUCACAGGUCUUCUGGUGGAGGUGUAAUAUAAUAUUUGUUACUUAACACAAUGAAGGAUCGGACGCUGUAUAGACACUUGUGAAUGGCAGUGGCAGAAAUGUAUACACUCAUUUUAGACUUUUACAUAACAUGGACUGUUGACAAAUCGCCUACCCUUUGAAUGAGCACUUUGCUUCGAGGGCCUUGCUGACAGCUAAAACUAGUUAAUCUGUAGUUUAAUCUCUGCCCCAUGUAUGAUCGAUUAUUUAUAUUUAUAUUAUAUAUAUUAAAUGUCUUCAGUUUUUCCCCUGCAAAUCCUCUAGGAAAAAGCAGGUAUAACCUGUCGCCAUUAUUUACACCCAGAGUUGUGCAAUGAACUCUUUUGAAUGUCUAUGAACCUGCAAAAGACUGUAUGAUGCCAUGGGUUGUUAGUGGAUCACAAUGGUUGUGCAAAGUGACUCAGCUUCUAGUUAUUGACAGAAUGCAUAUAGACAGGGUGCUCUGGUGUUCUCAAAUGAACACCAAAGGUUGCUUGUUUCUGGUGACCUGAGCGCCGAAUUGAAGAGAUUCAGCCUCACAUUUAAUAAACCAUCUCUGUGUCCUGAAGUUAGGCAUUGUAGUUUCACCCAGCAGCCAUCUUAAUUUGACUCAAAAGGAAAGGCUUUGUAUUUGUCUGCAGUUGAUAACACUCCUAUUUCUAAUCUUGUCUGUGUGUUUCUGGACUGAAUUUGCCUUAGUUUCCACAUCUCGAGCUGUGGCCUUGCUGUUCCACACCUUUCUCUGGGAAAUGUGACUUUCCUUGACGGCUUGUACCAUGAACUCCACAUCUGAAGAAGUAUUUACAUGCUAAUUCUUUUCUUUGGUGGGGGAUUUGACCAUAUAUCAUUUACGUAUUUGUUGUAAGAAUUGACUGUUUAAAGUGUCAUUGUCUCAAGUUUUGAAAGCAUUGUUUUGACUGACUUUAUAACACUAAUUUGUGUUUUCUCCCUCGUAUAACCCAAAUACAAAUCUGGCAAUGUUUAGGUAUGUUUGAUUUUAGCUUGCUUUGAAAACAUAUCUGAUGCCAUGUAAUAAAGUCUAUUUGCUCAUAACCCUUUUACUUCUCACCCAAAUAAUGAUUCACUGAAGAAGUAAU